AGCAUCACCGUCUGUGUGCAGACAGCCGCCGGUGUGUUGUGUUUGAAACCUGGAAAGCGUGUUCUCUCUCGAUCCCUGAGUGCGCAUGCUGAGCGUAGGUAUUUAGCAGCCAACUCUAUCCGAAGUUAAGUGAAUAAUGACGAAAAUUACUAUUUUCUGCUGGAAAUGUCUGUAAGCUCUUUAGAAGAUUUGAUCUAAUAAUGGCCCCCCUGGAAACCUUGCGUUUUUGUUACUUUCAUGCGCUUAGCAGGGGUGCUCAUCUUCUCUUCCCUCCGUCGCGCAGCUUAACCGCAAUCCUUAGUCGCUGGUUGAGGGAGCAGGGCUGCGUGGGGCGCACGUUGCUCUCCUUUAGUUCAAAUGCCCUUUCUCCUUCCCCACCAGAAAGCCGUGGCGGCUCAUCAUCAAAGGGAACCGACCUAGCUGGGCUUGCAGCAAGUUGCAACACUUUGCUUUUCCGGUGUGUCCCCGCAAGCCCAUAGAGGUGGCUUGGAAGCGCUCACUCCACGCACAGAGAAGGAUUUUUUAAAUAUAUAUUUUUAAACCACCCUUCAGUUGAUUUCUGCAUCCUGUUUUAGGUCUUGCAGCUGCUUUAACUCUGCCUCGCUUUGGGUGCAGGAGCCUGGGUAGAAGCGUCUGGUUAAUUACAUCGAUCCCCCCCACCCCAUCAGAAAGGAGUGUAGCAGGCUUCUUAGUGGCUGCGGCCAGUCUAAGUGACGGUAGUAAGUGCGUGGGGUGUGUGUGUUUGGUUCCUUCCCCCUGUAUAAGCGAGAGCGAAGACGAGAAGAAGAGGCAAGCGUUAGGACUCGGGGGAAAUCUCUUUCUCCUCUCUCCCCCCCUCCCCGCUUCUUCAAUCAGCUUGUGCUACUCAUCAGAUCAGGGAUAGCUGAGGCUUCAGCUGUGUCUGCGUGUGAGCGCGAGAGAGAUCUGCUCCCAACUCUCCGGUCUUACCCAAUGCAAGGGAUGUUUGCAAAGCGCCCGGAGAACCAGCUGUGCUGCUACCGCGGGAAGGGGAUGUGAAUUCCCAUAAAGAAUGAAUAGGAUUGCUACGAUUGCCUUUCUUUUGCAGCUGUUGCAAACAACCCACGGACAGGUCUUCGCAGGUGGUUGUUCGUUUGAUGAACACUACAGUAACUGUGGUUAUAGUGUGGCACUGGGGACCAAUGGAUUUACUUGGGAACAGAUUAAUACCUGGGAGAAACCGACAAUGGAUCCUGCUGUCCCAACUGGCUCCUUCAUGAUGGUGAACAGCUCUGGGAGGGCAUCGGGGCAAAAAGCUCACUUGCUUUUACCAACACUGAAGGAAAAUGAUACACAUUGCAUUGACUUCCAUUACUACCUGGCCAGUCGAGACCGCUCCAGUCCUGGAUCAUUGAAUGUGUAUGUGAAGGUUAAUGGUGGACCUCAAGGCAACCCUAUCUGGAAUGUCUCUGGGAUUGUUACGGAGGGAUGGGUGAAGGCAGAACUUGCCAUCAGCACAUUCUGGCCACACUUUUAUCAGGUAAUAUUUGAAUCGGUUUCAUUGAAGGGACACCCUGGGUACAUAGCUGUGGAUGAAGUCAGAGUCCUUGCCCAUCCAUGCAGAAAAUCUCCUCACUUCUUGCGGCUUCAAAACGUGGAGGUUAAUGUUGGACAGAAUGCAACAUUCCAGUGCAUUGCUGGGGGAAAGUGGUCUCAACAUGACAAACUUUGGCUACAGCAAUGGAAUGGCAGAGACACAGCUUUAAUGGUCACCAGAGUGGUCAACUACAGACGGUUUUCUGCUAUAGUCAGCGUAGCUGACACUUCCCAGCGCAGCAUCAGUAAAUACCGAUGUGUUAUCCGCUCAGAUGGUGGAUCAGGGGUUUCAAACUAUGCAGAAUUAAUAGUGAAAGAACCUCCCACACCUAUUGCACCCCCAGAGCUACUAGCAGUUGGAGCCACCUAUCUAUGGAUCAAACCCAAUGCUAACUCCAUCAUUGGUGAUGGGCCUAUCAUCCUGAAAGAGGUGGAAUAUCGUACAACAAAUGGGAACUGGGCUGAAACCCACAUUGUUGAUUCACCCAAUUACAAGUUAUGGCAUCUGGAUCCAGAUGUGGAAUAUGAGAUCAGAGUGCUUCUUACUCGCCCUGGAGAAGGGGGGACUGGGCCUCCUGGGCCUCCACUCACAACAAGAACAAAAUGUGCAGAUCCAGUGCAUGGCCCUCAAAAUGUGGAGGUUGUAGACAUCCGAUCUCGGCAGCUGACACUGCAGUGGGAGCCCUUUGGUUAUGUUGUGACCCGUUGCCACAGCUAUAAUCUGACGGUCCAUUACCAGUAUGUGUUCAACCAGCAGAAAUAUGAAGCAGAGGAACUAAUUCAGACAUCAUCACACUACACUUUGCGAGGACUGCGACCCUUCAUGACCCUCCGACUGAGACUGGCUCUUUCAAACCCAGAGGGCAAGAUGGAGAGUGAGGAACUGGUGGUCCAAACUGAGGAGGAUGUUCCUGGAGCUGUUCCCCUAGAAUCCAUUCAGGGAGGUCCCUUUGAAGAGAAAAUCUAUGUUCAGUGGAAGCCACCAAAUGAGACCAAUGGUAUCAUUACACUCUAUGAGAUUACAUACAAGGCUGUUGGAUCCCUAGAUCCCACUGCUGACCUCUCCAACCAAAGAGGAAAGGUCUUCAAGUUAAGGAAUGAAACUCAUCACCUCUUUGUAGGGUUAUAUCCAGGGACUACCUACUCAUUCACCAUCAAAGCCAGCACAGUGAAGGGCUUCGGACCUCCUAUCACCACACGGAUUGCUACUAAAAUUUCAGCACCAUCAAUGCCUGAAUAUGAUACUGACUCCCCUCUGAAUGAAACGGAGACCACCAUCACAGUUCUACUGAAGCCUGCACAGUCUCGUGGAGCCCCUGUCAGUGUUUAUCAGCUUGUUGUAAAAGAAGAGCGGCCACAGAAAUCACGAAGAGCUGCAGACAUCAUCGAAUGUUUCUCUGUUCCAGUGAGCUACAAAAACGCUUCAACUCUUGAUUCCCCCCAUUACUUUGCAGCUGAGUUAAAACCUGUCAACCUUCCAGUUACACAACCCUUCACAGUGGGAGACAACAAAACUUACAAUGGCUAUUGGAAUGCUCCACUGUCACCACUGAAAAGCUACAGCAUUUACUUUCAGGCUCUCAGUAAAGCAAAUGGGGAGACCAAAAUCAACUGUGUCCGGCUGGCAACAAAAGCAGUAAUAAGUAGGCAACAGGUGACCACCCGAAACCCGCCCAGCCUCAUGAGCACAGGAGCUUCUACACAAAAUUCCAAUGCAGUCGAGCCAGAAAAGCAGGUUGACAACACUGUGAAAAUGGCAGGAGUUAUAGCUGGCCUUCUGAUGUUUGUAAUUAUCCUUUUGGGAGCAAUGCUUACCAUAAAGAGAAGGAGCGGUGCAGUAGACCCAAGAAGAAAUGCAUAUUCCUACUCCUAUUACUUGAAACUAGCCAAGAAGCAAAAGGAGACUCAGAGCAGCACUCAAAGAGAAAUGGGGCCUGUUGCUGUUUCAGACAAGACUGCUACAAAGCUCAGUGCUGUUCAUAAUGAAGAAGCCUUUUCUUCAAGCUGCCAGGAUGUUAAUGGAUUCACACCAUCCUCUCCUUGUUCAUUUUCUGUCCAAAGCAAAACCCUUCAGAGCAAAUCUUUGUUGAAUUCCUACUACUCAGUAUCAUCAGACACAGUUCCAUCGACCACACUGUUAGACAGUAGCCAUGGGGAGAUGACUCAGCCGACACUGACAAUCCAGACCCAUCCCUAUCGAGGCUGUGACCCGGUGGAAAUGUCCUACCCCAGGGGACAGUUCCAGCCAGCAAUCCGCGUGGCCGACUUGUUGCAGCACAUCACUCAGAUGAAACGGGGACAGGGCUAUGGAUUUAAAGAGGAGUAUGAGGCUCUACCUGAGGGGCAGACAGCAUCCUGGGAUACAGCCAAAGAAGAUGAAAAUCGCAAUAAGAAUAGAUAUGGCAACAUCAUCUCCUAUGAUCACUCCAGGGUCAGACUGCAACUGCUGGAUGGAGAUCCUCAUUCAGACUACAUAAAUGCCAACUAUAUAGAUGGAUACCAUCGACCACAUCACUAUAUUGCAACUCAAGGACCAAUGCAAGAGACAGUGAAGGAUUUUUGGAGGAUGAUCUGGCAAGAGAACUCUGCAAGUGUUGUCAUGGUCACCAACCUGGUGGAAGUCGGCAGGGUGAAGUGUGUCAGAUAUUGGCCAGAUGAUACAGAGGUCUAUGGAGAUAUUAAAGUCACCUUAAUUGAGACAGAACCAUUGGCAGAGUACGUCAUACGCACUUUUACAGUCCAAAAGAAAGGCUACCAUGAGAUCCGAGAGAUUCGACAAUUCCACUUCACCAGCUGGCCAGACCAUGGGGUUCCUUGUUAUGCCACAGGCCUCUUGGGCUUUGUUCGGCAAGUGAAGUUCCUCAAUCCACCAGAAGCAGGGCCUAUUGUUGUGCACUGCAGUGCUGGUGCUGGGAGGACAGGGUGCUUUAUUGCCAUUGACAUCAUGCUUGACAUGGCAGAGAAUGAAGGUGUGGUGGACAUAUUUAACUGUGUGCGGGAGCUGCGAUCCCAGAGGGUCAACUUGGUGCAGACAGAGGAACAAUACGUCUUCGUUCAUGAUGCCAUUUUGGAAGCGUGCCUUUGUGGCAACACAGCUAUCCCAGUUUGUGAAUUCAGAUCUGUAUACUACAACAUCAGCAGACUGGAUCCGCAGACGAAUUCCAGCCAGAUAAAAGAUGAAUUCCAGACCCUUAAUAUAGUAACACCUCGGGUCCGGCCGGAAGAUUGCAGCAUUGGACUCUUGCCAAGGAACCAUGACAAGAACCGCUGCAUGGAUGUACUCCCCUUGGAUCGGUGCCUGCCCUUCCUUAUAUCUGUUGAUGGGGAAUCAAGCAACUACAUUAAUGCUGCACUCAUGGAUAGCCACAAGCAACCUGCUGCCUUUAUAGUUACCCAGCAUCCUUUACCCAACACUGUAGCAGAUUUCUGGAGGCUGGUGUUUGAUUACAACUGUUCCUCUGUUGUGAUGCUGAAUGAAAUGGAUGCUGCACAACUCUGCAUGCAGUACUGGCCAGAGAAGACAUCCUGUUGUUAUGGGCCAAUCCAGGUAGAAUUUGUUUCUGCUGAUAUAGAUGAGGAUAUCAUCAAUAGGAUAUUCCGGAUUUGCAACAUGGCAAGGCCCCAAGAUGGCUACCGUAUUGUUCAGCAUUUACAGUACAUUGGCUGGCCAGCAUAUAGAGACAUACCUCCUUCCAAACGCUCUCUCUUGAAGGUGGUCAGGCGACUGGAGAAAUGGCAGGAGCAGUAUGAUGGGCGAGAUGGACGAACUGUGGUCCACUGCCUGAAUGGUGGUGGCCGCAGUGGCACCUUCUGUGCCAUAUGCAGUGUGUGUGAAAUGAUCCAGCAGCAAAACAUAAUUGAUGUGUUUCACAUAGUGAAAACCUUACGAAACAACAAGUCCAACAUGGUGGAGACACUGGAACAGUAUAAAUUUGUAUACGAGGUUGCACUGGAAUACUUGAGUUCAUUUUAGCCCAUGAAAGGCAGGGAGCUUGCCGAAUUCCAAAAGCCCUGAUUUUUGAAGGACACUGGUUUCCCCCUCACUUAAAAGAAGUAAUGGGGUGAGGAGAGCAAACGUCUUCACCCUUGAGUGAGUGACUGGGUCAGAUCUCAGUGCCCUUGGAAGGAGGAGAGAUCUGCUGCCCAUCUGCACUCUACAGGAACUUCUCUAACUUUUUAAACAACCUACUGUACAAAUUGGCGAAGCAGGCUGGAAAACUCUGCUUUCUAAUCCCUUCAGACCGCUUCCCUCUGCCAUUUUGGAUGUGUAUUUUGUUUCUCCUUAAUACAAAUGAAAAACAGAUACUGGGAUAAUCCAUCAUCAUUCAGCUCCUCUUUCUGUUUUCCACAAAUCCUCAUUUUAUGUUUUGGAUUUCAUAUACCGGCUACUUGACAAAGGAGGAAAACAACUUCAGUACCCUUUCAGCACAGUAAGCCUUUGCGAUUGGUUCUUCAAAUGAAAAGGCCACUAUUAUGACUUUCUAAUUCCCUAUCCAGUUGGCCCUUGACUUAGAAGCAAGCCAUGGAACCCCGAAGCUGCCGGUGAAUCUGUUGCCUGGAUUGCUACACUGUGCUGCUAGAUUUCCACCAUUGUGCAUGGGCUGAUUACAUCUUAAUGGUUCAUAUCAUAUCAUAUCAUAUCACUGCAGCACUGGUAAAGCAGUUCUGUAUCAUCACACCUCCUAGCUAGUUAAACUGAGGACACCCUAGAAUUACCUUUGUGCUUUAAAUUAUUAUUGUUCUUUGGUUUGUAAUGAAGUUAAUUUCAUUUCAUCUUAAGUAUUUGUUUGUGUGCAGUGUCUCUUCAAAGAAAGAAUGAAAUUGAGGGAUCGGUUUAAAAUAUAUAUCAGCUGGUUGCAUCAUUAAAGUACACUGAUAUCAGGGUUUCUCUCCACCAUCUAUACAGACGUUUACUAAGGCCAUGUUUACCACAUGGUGGGAGAUAAUGAGGCAAGCAGGUUCAUUGCAGACUUGGUUGCCCAAUGUGAUAAGAGGCACCAACUGCAAUGAUUGCGCUUAAGAACAAAUGAUAGCAGUUUCACACCUUUUGAUGAACUGUAUUUGUGUGAAAAAAUAUAACAUGUGAACUUAUUAUGAGUUUGCAUAUUAUCAAGUUUACCUGCACAGAUUGAAUUUGCUGAUCAAAAUUCCCAAAGCAAGGAGACACAAUGGAGCUGUAAUAUCUGACCUUGUGGAGUGGAGAUGUGGAAAUGCUCUGGAGUAAUAUUUAAAUUAAAGUUUGUCUCUUUACAUAUGUGUUAUCUCUGACGGUUCUCUAAGCAGUGCAGUUCCUGAAUGGUAAAUGGUCAACUAGUGAGGGUUAUGAGUCUUUGCAGAAAAUACUUGACUUUUCUGCUUUUGUAAAAAUGUAUGACUGUAGUUCCAUACCCUUCCAAAUAAGAACUUUUGUCUUUGGAAAGUAGAAGACAGUAGGAGUUGGGAAGCACAAACAAACAGGGUAGAUAGUGAUACUAGGAGAAAAGGAUCAGAGUUCUAUUCUUUGAAACCCCAAGAAGCAAUUUUUUGAAAUGAACAUCAGUAAAUACUGUCUUGUUGUCUCAGGUCAACAAUUAUAUUUUGAAGCUGCAGAAUGACAUGUAAACUGGUAAUAUGAAAUAGCUAGUUUCACAUUGUGAACUCCGAACCCUGUUGAAACAAUGUAGCUAUUAUAGCAUUCAGAAUGUUGUAUGUUUAACCAUCAGGUCUUCAAAAAAGGAACAGAAAACAAAACAUGCCAUAUGCUUCUAGUUAGCCCAGUUCAUUGUUUGCAAGCUUAUGGUUCAUGCAGCAACAUUAUCUUCCCAGAUGGGAAGAAAUAUCUUGCAAGAUGUUAUGGUCAAACUUGGCAUGUGACACUAUUUCUGCCUUCCGACAUUCUGGAUCCAUACAUUUGGGACAGUUAUGUAACAAAAGUUGAUAUGAAGAUUUUGCAAUGCAAAACUGGAUUAUUAUUGCAAAAUGCAAUUAAUUUCAUUGUGCAUCACGCACCCAGUUCAAAAGCACAGGCAUUUAUUUAAUAGUUUAAUGGAGAUCUGAAUCAUUGUUGCUAUGCUCAUUGCAUACUUAUUAUCUGUGAUUGACUCCAAUGUACAACAGCUUUAACAUGCAGUUGCUCCCAUCCGCCACCCAUGGAUCUAAUUAUAAUGGCUGACAUGAUGAAGAAAAUUACUCAAAGUAGUAAUUUAAUCAUUGCCUGACUUGUCUUUUUUUUACAGUAUUUACCUGAAUCCAAGACUAAGUUUUUCCAUCUUUAAUGUAUUAGAAAUUGGGAAGUCAUCUUAAAUUCAGAGUCGUGUUCCUUUUGAGUCAUUGCAGAUAUAACUUGUAUUACGCUCUACUUUUAAGGGGGUCAUCUUAAAUUCAGAGUAGUCUUCAAUUUGAGUAAAUAUGGUAUUGCAGUGGGACUGCUUUGAGUACUUUUCCUCAUCAUGUCAUGCAAUAUUCUUAACCCAGCUUUUUGUUCUAACCACUUAUCUACAACAGAAGUGUCCCUUAUAACUAAUUUGGUUUCAAGAGAGUCCAAAGUUUUUAACUCAUUUCAUAAUGGAGGAGGUAGGGCUGCCAUAUUCAAGCUCUCCAAAUCCGGGCUCCCUAAUUUCAAUGUCACAUGCAGUUGCUCCCAUCUGCCACCCAUAGCUUGCAAGUAAUUUGCAUGUUGUGCAAAUUAUGCAAAUUAACUGAUGCACUGUCCAGUUGACUUGUAUUUGUUCUGGAUAUCUAACAGAGCAAAAUAAUUUUCUACCACAAAAUAUCAUGAAAAUAAAUGAAGACCACACAAAGUUUGAGAUAUUAAUAGCAGCAAUAGAACACAAAAUACACUGAGUUUUGCAGUUAGGCUGCAUUCCUAUACACACUUACUUGUGAGAAAAUCUGACUGAAACCAAUGGUACUUCCAAGUAGGCUUGCAUAGAAUGGAUCACACUAUAAAGCCAAAAACCUUAAACAUUACAAUACACAGGUAGGCAGUGAUUUACAUCAAAAUGGAGCUUUCCUCUCAACUGCCUUAUAAAGAUCCCCUGCUGACAAAAAACAAAGGCAACAUUCCUCGGGUGACUGCUUAUUGUCAAUCUCUCCCAGCCAGCCUCCUGUGCUUUACCUGCCUUACUCAAAGUCCAGCUGUUGAGCAGAAUAGUGACCACACUUUUUGCUCCAUAACUUCACUUCUACAAGGGCUAGAGCUUGUUUUUAAGGGAAAGCUGGGAAACUGGGCAGGCUAAACAAUCUGGGCAACUUGCUUAAAAUCUGGGCACUACCCAGAAAUCCAGAGGAGAUAGCAACCUUAGGAGAUGGCAAAUGCUAUCUUAGACAUAGAAGAAGAAGAAGAGAGUGAGAAAGCAGGAUGCUAUUCAGUGGUGGAAACUGAAACAAUUGGUGCUACAGAGAGAAGAAUCACUUCCUAUUUCAAUCUUCCCAUCACUGAUUGGACAGAAAAGCCUAACCAAUGAAGGCAAGGACUGAAAACAAACACACACACUCACCAGCCAACAAACAGCUAGCAGUGGGCCAAGAGCUUUGUGGACUCUGAAAAUGAUAGUACUUGCUUGGUUGACCUAACAUUAAAAGCCAGCCAGUUUCUACUAUGGACUGGAGCACGGAUUGCAUAAGGGAUAUUGGAACACUUGCACAGGGGCUGCUGCAUUGCUGUUGUUACUGGUUGUAACGGCAGGUCAGGGUGAUAAGCUCUGAAAUAUUCAAAACAACUACUUACUGACAUGAUUUUGCCUUCCUGGUUUCAUUAGUAACCAUGCACCCAGGCUUUAGACACAUAGAUUUUUUGCAUUUGAAAUAUAGUGUUAAUUUCUUUUCUUUUUUAAGGGUAAAGCAUUGAUAACUGCUUUAACAUCUUAAUUUAGAAGGCACCUUUAAUUAGUAAUCCUUCUUGCUCCAAAGAUAUAUUUUUAUAAGUUCACCGGAAAGAUAAAAUAAUUAAAUUAUAGUGAAACAAUCUAUGAUUUAAACGUGCAAGUAAAUAAGUGGCCAUAGAAGUUGCAGCAUCUGAAGAAAGAAAAGGGCUCCUAAUGGAAAUGCUAAAUGUUUCAACAACAGGCAUUUGAACAUCAAGCAUUUGAUAUUUGCUUGGGAGAAUCAGAGCUGUCUUGUUGCAUAUUUCUGAUAUCUUGGCUACUAGAGCACAUCCGCAUGCUGCUUAUUUGGGGAAUAGAUGUGCUUGGCAUAAGGUGCAUCCAGAUCCCACAUUCCACAAUUCACAGGGGACUUCAGGCUGUGCUAGUUCCUCAUCAUCACCACAUGGCUGGUAUGAGGAUGAUUGUGGGACUAAUGUGGAUGGUGCAAUCUGCAUAGCAAGUUUAACAUUUCCCAUAGGCCAUAUUGGGAACAAAGUUUCCUGGGGCACUUCCAGUGUAUCCAGUUGUUUGCCAUGGUUCUCAAACUAGGCAGCUGUGGGUGCUCAUAAUAGAAAGAGUUGAAUAGCAGACAUCUCGAGUAUAGCUAGCACCAGGACCAAAUACUGCUAUGAUUGCAGAGUGUGUAGUAUAAUUACAGUUGUGCUUGAGUGGAGACCAUUUCUUGGGUAAUGUUUUGCAUCCAAGCCUUGGUUCUUGAAAGGAUCCACAUGGUACAUGUCUGUGAAAACAUUUUAUGGAAUGGCUCAUAUCCAGUUUUCUGUAAAGAAUCUCAGGAAUUCAGACUCAUAUUUGGCUCUGUUUUGUAGAUGAUCAAUUUCUGUGAAACAUCCUGCAUUAUGUAAGCAAGGGAAUGUCUCUAAAAGCCAUCUUUAUAUGCAAAUUGAUAAGCUGGAAUUUAGUUUCUGUGUGUUUGUAUGUGUGGUGCCUGUGAGAGAUAGAAACAGCAAGAUUCUAGCCCUAUUUAGACAUUACAUCUGUGUUUUUGUGAAAAUUACUGUACAGGUGUUCAUUUUAAAUGUGCUUCUGGUUACAGCCCCCUGAAGAAUACUGAUGGGUAGUAUACUGCUGCAAAUGUGGUCAACAUAAUGUGUGACCAGAGGCGUAACUAUAGGGGGGGCGGGGGGGCAUGUGCCCCGGGCGCCAUCUUUUCUGGUCACAUGGGGGGCGCCGACAUGACAAUUUUUAAAAAAAUUUUUUAAAAAAAUUUUGUUAAUACAAAUGUUUCCUGCUCAGUGCAGCAGUGCUGCAGCAGUCAAGGGAGCACGUCGGCAGCCCAUCCCCCACGAGCGGUCCCUUCCGCGCCGCCCGCACCCCCCCCCCAUUGCUUUGCUGGCGCCUGGUGGCCAGUCAGUGGCCUGGCUUGGCGGCGGCGGCGGGCGCUUGUGAGGAAAAACCUAAGUAUAAUGUAGUAUGUUGUGGCGCGGGGGGGCGCAGGGGGCGCCAUUUCAGUGCUUGCCCCGGGCGCCAUUUUCCCUAGUUACGCCUCUGUGUGUGACUAACUGUAUGUACAUACAGACCUAUAUGUGCAUUGAACAUAAUGGCUGACAUUCUGAAUAUUGCUGCUCUUGUGCAACAAACCAAGUUGUACUAGUGCAAGAUCAUGUGGUUGCGCUAAAUCAUGGGGAUUUUUGGAAUUGCAUUCUUGUGCAAAAGUUCCCUGAAAAACAUACGAGAUGUGCCACAAGCACAAAUACUAAUCUAGAAGCAAGCUCCAGAUUUAGCACAACUAGCUAGUGCAGUGUUGGUCAUAAUAUUGGCCAGUGUCUUAAUAGGACUAGCUUUGGGAUGUCAAAGUAAGUAUGAACUUUGUGCAGGAAGAAAAUGAAAAGGCAUAUAAAUCAGGAUCUUAUCUGGCCCAUUACCUGGCCUAUCAGUUCUGCAUUGUAGCUGGAAUUUUACUUGCCAAGUGAUAAAAGAAGGGGAUAGGGAAGUGUGGAGCAGGCAUUUUUGUAAAUUCUCUCCAGGUAACACUUGUGGAGAGAAGAAAACAAAACAAAAACCUUCCCUCUUUUAAAAAAUAAUAAUAAUUGGGCAUUUGGAAAUAUUUAACAUCACUGAAAAUGUUUUAAAGAAUAAAUAAAUGUUCAUUCCCGGUGAAAAUUCCAAGAGUUUGAUUAGUGUACGAUGGCACCUAGGAUUCAUAUUUCGCGUACUUGUUUUAAUUUUAAAUACUGUGUAUAUUACUGUACUGCUCCUAAUCCUACAGGCAGGCAUGUGCAGUGUUUAAUUCUUCUCCCAUUAGGCAAUGUGACUGAUGCAAACCUGCUUCCACAACUAGGGAAAGAAAGCAGUUUUCUGGAGGUAAUCUUAUAAACUAACAUUAGAUGGAAAAUCCCACACCGAAGCCAAGGUUUGUACAUUUUGCACUCCAGUUCAUAGACAAGAGGCACAGUUUAUGAGUUUGCAAAUAUACUCAGGGUCUAUAUUGGGGAAAUUUAAGCAUCCCCCGCCCCCAAGCCAAGUUCUUCAGACUCUUCUCACCAGGCAACAUCCUGGCAAAGCUUGUGACCAUGUACAGGGAAGAAGUGUUCCCUAGCUUUGCAGCACCUAUUGUGUGAGGAGGGGAUUUUCACCUAUCUCUCCUUCCCAUGGAAGAGUCAUGUGCCACCCAAAAAUAUGUCUCUGAGGAUCACACUGCCCUCACAGACAUAUUUUCAAGUACCAAAGGCACUUCGAGAAGAAGGAGAAUUCCCCACACACAAUAGGCGCUGCAGAACUAUUGAAGCUCUUUGCCGUAGGGAUGCUUUUUCCCAGUGCACAGCUGCACGCUUAGUAUGUUGGCCACCAUAGUUUGCUAUGCAUGGUACUUGAGCCUAAAAAUACCUCAGGCAUUGGUACUCACCACCAUCUGCUUGGGGGACAUCAUAAUCUGUGUAAAAUGAACUACUUUGUUGUUUUAACAUAGUGAACGUGUUCUUAUGAUGAGCUUGUUGAACUUCUGUUAUCUUGCAGUAUGGCAGUGCUAUGAUUAGAUGUCAAAAUAAAUGAUUCAGAGAUGUUAGAUGAAGAUGUUAGAGCAAAUCUAACAUAACAUGAAGAUGUUGGAUUUUAUUUUAACAAAAUAAAAGAGAAGGUUGGUAGAAGAAAGGCAGACUCAAGGGGAAGUUAGGAUAUAUGGGAGCUUCCUAUGCUUCCAGUUUGACACAGAGCCAAAAGAGGAGGAAGCAGUGCCUGAAAUCAAGUACCAUUUGUAUGUGAUCUGUGUGUCAUUUCUCUGUGUUGACUCCUUUACCUGUGCAGACCCUGUGAUCCCACAGUCUGUCAUGGACAGAAGUGAGAGGAAUCCAUGUUGGCUCAGUAUUGGGAGUGUGAGGCUUGUGGGAAUCAGAUGCACUGAAUCAGUACACCAGACCACAAAAUGAAAUGCAUCUGUAAGGUACUGCAAACAGGUUUAAUAGGGAGAAUAAAAAAGAAGGGGGCAAUGAAGGAUCUAGAGGGGAGCAGACAGAAAGGCGAAGGGAGGUGGCAGAACUGAGAUUGCAUUGUAUUUGAGAGUUGAAUAGUAAAAGGAAGGUGCAGAUUUGAAUUCUUGUUUUUGGUACUAGAAGUAAGAAGAGUAAGUUGUGUGGUUCAAAUAUAAAUAACUGAAACCCUGACUAACAAAGUGUAAGUGCUAUGUGAGAAGUGCUGGUGCCACUGUUGGAUUCAACUAACACAGCACCAGUGCUCAUGUGGAAGGGGCAUAAUUCGAUGACUUAUCCUUCUCCUGGAAGCCUUCUGUGUAUUUCUGUAUUCAGAAAUAUGUCCCUGAGGGUUUUGCAGCCCUCAGAGACAUGUUUUCAGGUGACACAAAGGCUUCUGGGGAAAGGGGGAGGUUUUUGACUGCAACACUGGUGUUGCAUUAGUCUGGAACUCAGCAGCAGCACCGGUGCUUCUCACAUAGCACUCACACAUCAUUAGGAUGUUGGCCAUUAUUAGCAAAUGUAUUCUGUUGCAUGCUUUUCCACAUUGCUUCAGGCAGAUUGGUUUAUCAUUUAUUUAAAAUACUUUACCCCGCCUCUUUCACAGCUGAGGCAAUUUAUACACAUAUUUAAAAUCUAACAAAAUGAACUUAUAAAGAACAAUUAGCAUCCCUACUUAUAAAACAGAAGCUAUAAAACAGCUUAAUUCAAACAACAUUAGAACAGUGCAGUUACUCAGCAGCUGAUAAAAACCAGAAAAAGAAUGGAUUAACUCACUAAGGCUGGAGACAGACAAUAGUUCUUGAGAGAGCUGAAAGUGCUAUGAAAAAGGCAGCACUGAUACAGUGUACAUACUUUUUUGUUCUGCUGUUAUCUGUGGCCAGUUUUGCAGAUUUCUUAUCUGGAAGCACUAACAGAGAUCACAGCAGGGUUGGAGCCAUCACUGAGCAAAUGGGUUCAAAGAACCUGGGCCACCAAUGAAAAGGGCUGCUGGAGCCCCUGUUGCACAUGAUGUCAUGCACAAAGGGGGUGUAGCCCAAUUGCUCGAAAGCCUGCCCCAGUCCUCCCCCUCUAAUUUCCUCUCCAGUGAGGGAGAAAAGGGGAAAUAAAUGCUGAAUGAGAUGGGGAGAGCUCGCUCGGGACUCUUUGGAGCCUGAGCCACACCCCUGUGCACGUGAUGUCACAUGCAUGGGCAUCACUGGCGGGACCACCAGGGAAGCCGAACACAGGCUGCUGCUUCGCCCCUGGAUCGCAGUAGGAUGUGUUCACAAGUAUACAUAAUAUACUAUUAUCUUUCUAUUCCUCUCUCUCUCAUACACUGCAGCCUUAACUCAUGCAUCUAUUGAAAAUAGUAAAACUUUCAGACUGAUCUACCUAUGCUCUUCGUGACAAUAACAUCAAAUCCAGUGACCAGUGUGUAAUCUAGAAAGAUCUCACAGCUACUUAGGGUUAACUAAACAGACAGUAUGCAUAAUAACAUCUGUACACACAUCUAUAGAUGAAUAACAUCUAUACACACCUGCUGAGUUUGCAUAGUAUAUGGGUUAUUUUUGUAACAAUUAUUUUGCAGAGAAGGUAGGAAGGCAUAAAUCUACUCAGAGAACUGCAAGUUAUCAUUAUCUUCCAUGGUGAAGCAAAAUAAUCUGCCAUUUCCAUAUUUGUUUGUAUACAUAUAUAUCCAAAGCUAAGAAUAUCACAGAAUGAUAAGGAGGGUGCUGAAGUUCACCAAAGGUCUGUAAAUCCAUUAAUUAUAACCAUUAAUGAGCAUUUUGGGUGUUCUGAUUAUGUAUAAUGGUCAAAAAUCUGCCCAGCCUGUCUCACAUUCUCCAUAUCUUUCAAUCAGCCAUGUGGGGGUUCCAUGAGAGCCCUACUGAAUGACUGAAAAAGUGGAUAGAAUGGAGCAGCAAUGCUUAAUGAAUUAUUCCCAUGAUUAUCUUUUCUGGAAAAGGUGAGCAUGUAAAGAAAAGGCCCGGGUUCAGGUUAGGAAAUUCCGUUGCCAUUCACUCUCAAACACAGCAUGUUCACAUUAAGAGCAAGGAUUGCAAAGCAAACACAUCUGCAAGGUCAAAUGUUUAUUUGUUCAGUAGUCGCAUGCACAUGGCCAAAUCACGUUAGGCAUCUUUUUACUCUGUAAUCAGAUUUGGAAGAUAGCUGCUAGCAGAAGUCCUUGAGAUGAGAGCUGCUCUUCACAGAAGAGCUCUUUUUGAACAGUUAGUUUGGAACAGAUGCACACACAUUAGGGAUGUUGGUGUGGAUAUGUGUGAAUGAAGUCAGAAAGGUGCCCUGAUUUUCGGAAUUAAUAUAGAUAAACUGUCUGUGACACGAGACAGUACAUGAAUGACAAUUUAUGCUGGCCAUUGACUGUGCAUUAGAAUAUGAAAUGAAGCCAAGGGGCUUUGUGUAAAAGGUUUCUUUGAAACUUGGACGUCAUUAAUAUAUUAAUGUUGGGUGGUUGCUCAUUUGGUAUUAUUACUGUUAUUUUUAAUUACUUAUUUAUCAUUUGCUCUUCCAGCAAAAUUCAGUCAAUCAGUCUUUAUUACAGUCUUUGGCCAGCAUAAGGUAGAGUAUAUUAAAACAACAUUGAAGUAGCAACUGAAACAGGCUAUGUCCAGAACUGUGAAGACAGUAGCUCAUGAGUAGGUGGUAGUAUUUGUAUCAGGAGAACUGAACCCAAUCUUUUGACACUUUUUAAAAAAAAUAUGAAGCAGAACCUUGUAGUCCUUCCCAAAGGACCAUCUCCAGAUAAAACCCUGGACUGCUUUUUACUGGGCUUUGUAGAGCUAUUAAUGGACAAGUAGCCCAAUCUAUAAUUAUAUAAUGUAUAUAACACUUCUUACUAAUGUGACGUGCUUUACAACAUUGAUCUCAUUCAUCAGCCUUACCAGAUUGGUCACUGUUGUUACAGGAGAAAUGACUAAAAGACAGGCAGUAAGGUUGUGCACGUGACCAUUUUUGGUGGGUGGGGAAGGCAUGGGGGCAAGAUGCACCUUACUUUCUCCCCAGGUGAUCUCAUUAGUUAUGUGGGACACGCUGCUUGCACGCCCACAUGUUCCGUGGUGCUCCUGGCAGUGUGGAUCUCGGGAGACUGGGAAAAUGAGCACCGGCCUCCAGGAAUCCCUAAAUUCACUGUGCGAGCAGCGUGGUGCAUUUAUGGAUUCCCCUGUGAGUUGCCCACAGUAGGCACCCAACUCUCUGUAUGCUUAGGCUGCGUGCUGCCAGAGCAUACACAUACUCCGGAACCAAGGUUAAAGUGCACACUCAUGCUCUUUAACCCAGGUAAAAGCCCAGGUGUAAAAAAAACGAGGCUACUGUGAGAGGUAGCAGCAGGAUCGGCCUCAAUCCUGGUGCUGCAAACAAGCAGCUGUACCCUGCUAGGACUGCCCUAACCUUGGUAGGGCUGCUUGUGUGCACAGCCUGUACAAGGCUAUUCUCAUGAGCAGCCCAACCCAGGUUAGGGCAGCUGAGCCUGGGUUGGGCUGCUUGUGUGCAGCGCCAGGAUUGAGCCCAGUUCUGGUGCUGCCUUGGCUGCAACCCCGUUUGAAGCCUGGCCUUUUACCGGAGUUAGAGGGUGAGAGCACAUCCUCCAUCCAAAGGCUGGGAUUGUGAAUGUGCUCGAGCUGCCCACAGAGUCAGGUGCCUAGUGUGUCUGACUCACGGGGGAAUCCUCCAAUGCACUGCACUUGUCAUGUGGGGCAUUAUGGGAUUCCUGGAGGCCGGGACUCAUUUUCCCGGCCUCCAUGCUUCCAGGAGCUGCACAGAUCGUGUGGCUGUGCAGCAGCACACUGAAAAAAACCCAGUGACCAUAGUCUGGGGGAAGGUUGAUCCAAUCCUGCCUCUCUCGCUCAGCCUAGCCACCAGGGAUUUUGAUCAUGAGAAUAACCUUAGUGACUGACAUUCAGACUAACAUUGCACUAGGGCAAUGAUGAUGCACACAUGCAAGAAAGUUGAGUAGCUGAGUGGAUGCUCAAAUCUGCUGACUCUCCUGCAGUCUUGGUCCACUUGUGCAACAAGGACAGCUAAUAGCUUUGCAUCAUUCCCUGCUACAUACAAGAAGUGGUUUCACAACAGGAGGCAUGCCACAGGUUGUGCAAGCAGAUCCUGUAGCAACAUAUCUGCACACUAGUGCAGCAUCUGUCUUGAUGUCAACCGGUGGCGUGAACAAUGUCUCCUUGAGUCCUUACCAAAUUCUUAGUGAAACUCUAAUAAGAACAGCUUUGGACUUGUUGAAAAAUCUAGUUUGCUCAAACUAUUAUAGCAGUGGGUUCCAUUACAUCUUGGAUCCAUUCACUCAGCCAGGGCCCACUGUUGAAUGGAUUUUCCCCAGUGAAAGCAAAAGAAAUCUCUUUCUGGGAGUGGGUGGAAAUCUGGCUGUCUGAAUGCAGUUAUAACAGUAUUUAAGGAAGAGGAUGCCACAGCAACAGUCUUCCAGGUGCAUGCAAGAGAGAGUGGGCCAGUUCAUAAUGAGGUUUCAGCUUUUUUGGUCCUUCACACAAUCAAAAACAGUAUUCUACCCGGGUUUGGGAGCUGUGUGUGCUCCCAAUUUUAGGUUGUGUGGAAGCAAGUUAAGAAGAAAACCUGGGUAGAAGUGAUUGUGUGGAGGCAAGGUAGAAGGAAAAUCUGGGUAGCUUUUCUUCCUAACUUGCUUCCACAUAAUAACUUCUACCCAGGUUUUCCUCUUACCUUGUUUCCACACAACCAGAAACUGGGAGUACACACAGCACCCAAACCCGGGUAGAACAGUUUUUGAUUUUGUAAAAGACCUCUGUGUUGCCUAGGAUGGCAUGUUACAGUGCUAACACCAAUAUCUAAGGAUUUUUGUGGGUCGUAAUCCACAAAAGCUAAUGCUACAAUAAAUGUGUUAAAUCUUUAGGGUACCAGAAGACUCUUGAGGCGGGUCUCACAAUCAAUGAGACCCACCUCCAGAGGGUUUGCAGGGAGAGCAGGUUUAGCCACAGAUGAGCAGGGAGGCAGCCCUGGGCAGCCGGAUCAGCUGCCCACACAACUGCCAGUUCCAUUACAGAGCUGGUGGGGGCUGGAGGGAUAGGGGGCCAUGUGGCCCCCAGAAGCUCCAGCAUGCCCUGCACAAGUGCACAGGGCAUCCUGGAGAGACCCCCGAGCCAGGAGGCUGUUUUUAAGCCUCCCGGUCAGGGCUCUACUUGUGCGUUGCCAUGGCGUGGACCCGCGCCACAGCAACAAACCAUCGAAAAGCCCGGUUUAGCAGAGCACUUGCUCCACUAACCUGGGCUUAGGGGAGGGUAGAUUUAGCGAGUGACCUGCUUUGGUGAGACCAGGCUCGGCUGUGAGCCUGGUGGUUCUCACAGUCAUACAAAAUUGGGCUAGGCUCUCUUAGCCUGAUUUUGUAUGAUCGUGAGAAUAGCCUCUCUUUGUUGAAUGUAGAGAGAUUUCUAAAACACUCAUUGUAUAGCUGGUGUCUUCAUGUUCUAGUGUUCAAGAUUAAUCAUGCAUCUUCAUUAUCCCUAUUAAGAUAUUAUGUUGUACCUGCAUUCAUUUAAAAAGUGAACCUGGGUAGACGCCCCUCAAAUGCAGGAUGCAGAUAGGAAGUAUACUGCUGUACCUGUGUUCAACAUAACAUGCGAAUGACUGUACCUUUGUAUAGAUCUGUACAUGUGUACACUGUACACUACUUGAAUAAGUGUUGCCCAUAACAUGUGAAUAGGACUUUUCUAUACUCAGAAUCCAGAGAUAAAAGAGAUUUACCAUGACAUACACCUGGAGUGUUUAAAAGAGACAUUUCCUCCAUGAUUUGGUUUCUGCAUUCGGUACCUCCCAUAAAGCUAUGCUCUAGCUCAAGAGUUCCCAACCUUUUAAAACUAAUGACAACCCUUCUGUUGCGAACCUUCAGUUCGUGUGUGUGUGUGUGUGUGUGUGUGAGAGAGAGAGAGAGAGAGAGAGAGAGAGAGAGAGAGAGUCUCCACACACACAUAAAUCUUACAAUUAGGAAACAGGCUACUCCAGUUCCGGGCUUACAUCCAGACUAAGUUAUACAUAAAUACUUCUACUGAAAUAAACCUUUUAAAGUUAUUCCCAUUUGAAGUAAACUUGCUCCAUUAAUUUCAAUAAAACUGCUUAUGAGUAUUGAGGGGAGGUAGGAGUAUCUGUGUAUCCCCCUUGGGAGCCUUUAAGUACCCCUAGAGUACUUAGAUUCCCACUGAGAAUCCCUGUCUAGCUCCUUCCCAUUUAAGAUUAUAAAACCCAUUCAGAAGUGCCUUCGAAGGAAGCAUUAAUUAUUUUGUUAAAUAUUAUGUUAAGCUUGAAACGUGCGUGACAUUGUCCAGCGUCCACCCACCAGGUACAUGUGGCUGUUUAAAAUGGAAGACUGAGCUUUGUAAAAUAGGGGAUAGAUUAGGGGUGUAGCUAGAGGAGAGGGGGGGUCCGUGUUCACCCUUCUCUCUGGCUGCCCCUCAGAUUGAGGAGAUAAUGAAGAAAACAGGGAGGGGUGGAGCUGAGGGCCCUCAGGAGCUGGGAGCCCUGGGUUCUUUGAACCAUCUGCUCAAUUAUAACUACACCCCUGGGAUAGAUUCAAAACAUGCCAGUUCUUGAUAAGAGAACAAGGUCUAAUAGGUCAUUUAAACCAAAUUCUGAAGUCAUCAUUUCAUGAUGGUGGGUGCUACCUUGAUCAGGAAGUGCAGGCACUUGUGCCUCAUGAUCAUGGAAGGGCCCUCCAUCUUGGAAGUAGCAUUUGCCUCUUCAGACAAAUGCCACUGUGAGUAUGAGUGGUGGGCUGAGGUGGUGAAUGAUGGAGCUGAGACUUCCAGGCCUGUUUGAGAUGCUAAGCCCACGUACAGCAUAUCUUAGGAUGACAUCAAAAUAAGGCUUUAGGUUUCCUGUGUUCACCCUCCUUGUUAGCUCAGAUUUUUAAAAGGGAAGAAAUACCCAAAUGCCACAUGCUUCAAAAGCCAAAAUGAUGCUGCACUGAAGCUAAUUAAGCAAAACCGCUAUUCUCAGUCACCUUUCUUAUGUCAAGAAUAGAACUGUGAAUGUUAACAUCUAAAUUUUUAUCACAAUAUGGUUGGCGGGGGCAUCUCACCAAGGAGAUGAAGAAUUUCACAUACAAAUCAAGAAGUGUUGUUCUAGGUUUCAUGUAGACUUGAUGUGAAUAUCUCUGCGCCUUAUGAUUGGCUCACUUGCUUGAGGGGUUAUUCACACACACACACACAAACAGCUAGAGCCUAUAUUUAAAAGCAGCUCUUCUGUUUGAAGAGAACAAGACGGCAGCUGCAGAGAGUGGCUGGUCCAACAUAAACACAAUGACAGUAAAUCUCUGAAAUCUCUGCACUGCUAGCAACCAGAUUGCCCUUUUCAAAAAAAGAUCAUUUUUCUUGUACUUUUUCAACAAAGGUGUCUGACUCAUAAAUUCCUGCCCAUGUCUUGGCCACCAAAACAGCUCCAGCAAAGUAAUGAAGAAAAUGUAUGACAAAAAGGCUGGCAUUUGUAGGGGUUUCUUUUCUUUUUUCUUUUUAGCAGAACAAAUGUUUGAAAAUGAAAAAAGAACCGGAUUUGUGAAAACCUUUCUCCUUCUCUCCCCUUUUGAAGCUGCAUUGUUUUUGCAGCUAAUUUGUACAGUUUUUGUUCAUUAUGAUUGCUCUUUUCAGUGGAAUUACAGGAUGGUACUCAGUGGUGUUUUCAGGGAUUCCAUUUUGAGCUACUACCACAGAUGCUAAAACCACAAAUACUGAGGCAUUGGGGGUUAGAUUCCUAAAUCCAGAGGUUAGGUUCCCAGAAAAAAACCCAAAUACCAAAAAGUCCCCCAAAUGCCAAAAUAAAGGGCCCUACCAUGCUCCGUGGGCCUUCUGCAGUCCUGCAAUACCCCCACCUCCUGGCCCAUAGUCCCAAUUUUUCCAUAGAAAAUUGUGAGAGAUAAAUGCCCUUUUUUAAUCGAAAUGAGCCACAAAAUGGCUCCUCAUCACAAAAUGGUGGCUGGAAAUGACCUUUUUCUGGCUACCCCAACCCGUGCAUAUGUGGAUGUAACACUUAUAAAACCUUUUUUCACCCACGUAUACCAAGGUUGCGUGUCUGCUACCCGACCGUGCCUAUGCAUAUCCGCGGGUGCUGGAUCCGUAGAUACAGAGGUUCUAAAGGUCCUUUAACUUUGAAAGCUAUGUUGUAUUAAGGAGAAAGGACAAGUAAGCCAGAGAUAUCCAUGUGGUGGUGGUGGUGAUGGAUGAGUAAAACUACAGAUGUUUACAGUGUCAAGGAAGCCCAUUUGCUCUGUUUCGUGUGUGCACCAGGUCUCCAAAAAACAAUGCCAGGUUGCAGCUCCAGAUAAAGAGCUAAUGUGUCUGCUCUUUGCUAGGAAGCUUUGGUAAGGUCAGUUACCCCAAAAGCAAAUGAAUAUGACUGGCAGGAAAAGGUUUCAGGAUAUACAAAACUAAUUAUUGCCCUCUUAUCCCUCUCAGCCAUUUUUAAAACAAAAAUCAUGCUUGUAAAGCUCAAUGGUCAGAAUAUAUAUAUAUAUAUAUAUAUAUAUAUAUAUAUAUAUGUCUGAGAAAUGUCACCACAAGGUGACUCACAGAUUUGGUAACAUGAAGCAGUCCUAUUAUUUCCUCCUGUAUAUGUCAAGACUACAAUUUGCCACAUCUUAAAGCAUUUCCCAGCCCUAACCGUUUCUGUGCUGUUGCUUCAUGGAUAUGCAUUCACAUGACCACUUCACCACAGCAACAUGGCAGGGGAAAAUCACGUUUUGGUGACUUUUCCUAGAUUAAAAGUAAUUUUGUUUAGCAGGCCUCAUUCAUACCAAAAAUGACAAUUGCAAAUUCACCUCAUCUGACUGGCACAGACUGAUGAGGAAGAGGGUGUAAGCAUUACCUAAAUCGACCCCUAUAGAUUUUCCCUUCUUCCUUUACUAAUCCCUCCUUAAAACCAAGGUGUACAGACAUCCACCAAAGGCAUUGUGCCAACUUUCUUGUUACUUUCCCUCUGCAAGGCUAAGGGGGGAGUAACUGUGUCAGCAGCAUCCCAAGCUAGUUUCAAGACUCUCAUUUUAUCUCCUUUGAUCCAACUCUUUGCUACUAGCUGGGAGGGGUUAUUGCAUGAGAGCUAUUUUUUCUUUCUUUUGCAUUACCCCCUGGAUGCCUACAGUUACCAAUUAAGCUCACUUGUACAGUUUGGAUGUUUGAUAGAUAAAGCACGUAUUUUAAAAAAAGCGGGGGGGGGGAGGAAAAAUAUAAAUACAAAAAAUUCAGCACUGUGCAUUCAGAGUGUUUCUUUUCUUUCUAGUUUACAAGAAGGGAAGGUAAAUAAUGUCAAGUCAAUGAAUAUCAGAUAUAUUUUUUGACUGUACAUUACAGUGAAGUGUAAUCUUUUUUUUUACAACUGCAAGUCCACCUUAUUUAUUCUUGUAAAUGUUUCCCAAACAAUGUUUGUAAUAUGGGCUGUGUUGCAAAAUCCAUACAAUAAACAUGUGAUCCAAGAUUAAUGUUUUACUAAGA